AUGGUGGCAGACCUUACCACACAAGUGGCCAGCAUUGAUGCUCGUCUUGGCAAGCUGGAAGCACAGCAGUGUUCUGUACAGGCGGGUGCCUCUGCCUGCAGUACUGUGCCCCAGGGCUCCAAGCAUGACCAUCCUCAGGCCUCCCCUGCUCCUGAAGAAGCUGCAUCAGUGCCUGCUGAGGACUCUGACAAGCAUGGGCCCUCCCAUUCCCCUGAGCAUGCCACGUCUUCUGCUGAGGGUACUGACAGGAAAGGUCUCCUCUCUACUCCUAAGGAAACAUCGGCCGCUGACAAGGUAACUGCUAUGGACUGUGCCCCAGUGGUGUCUGCAACAUCUGCUGGCUCCACCACCCCACUCCAGAACACCCUUGCUCCUGGGACUAUGGACCAGGAUGCCUUUAAUACUGUGGUGAGUCAGGUCGCUUGGACACCAUCACUGCUGCCUCCCGCCCUCAACAUGGACUGUAAGCCCUUUCGUACCUUAACUUGGAACAUUAAUGGUUUACGCACUCGUUUCCCUGAUUUCCACUCUUAUGUUAUAUCCAAUAAGCCUGAUAUUGUUGCACUGCAGGAGGUUGGUCCUGAGGUGCCAGCACUGCGGGGUUAUGUGUCUUAUGUUCUCUCCUGUGCUGAUGGCAGUAGCAGAGGCCUGGCAGUCUAUGCUAAGCAGGGACUUCCCGUCACGCUUAGGGACAAAGGUGUAAGUAAUGGCAUAGAAUUCAUUAUUAUGUGUUUACAUACUCAGGGUGAAGCCAUCCUGAUAGCUAAUCUGUAUGUACAUGCCGGUGGCUUUCAUGUUGCUCACCUCCCAGAAUGUGUACUGGAAGAAAAAUCUAUUAUAAUGGGGGAUAUUAAUGCCCGGCACAGGGACCUUGGGAGUUACCAGACGACAAAUGUGAAUGGCAUAGAAUUCAUUAUUAUGUGUUUACAUACUCAGGGUGAAGCCAUCCUGAUAGCUAAUCUGUAUGUACAUGCCGGUGGCUUUCAUGUUGCUCACCUCCCAGAGUGUGUACUGGAAGAAAAAUCUAUUAUAAUGGGGGAUAUUAAUGCCCGGCACAGGGACCUUGGGAGUUACCAGACGACAAAUGUGAAUGGUGCGCCGUGGAAAGCUUUUCUUGAUUCUGCUGACAAUGUUAUGCUGACUGGUGAUAGUGUUCCCACACAUGUUCAGGGUGGCAGGCUAGAUUAUGUAGCCUUUAUCAAUUUCUCUUUGCCUUCUGCUGAAACUCAUCUCCUCACAUGCCUCCUCAGUGAUCAUUUUGCUCUGGAAACCACUUUUCUCCUUAACACUGCUCCUUACUUACAGCGGCCUCGGCUCAAAGUCCCAACAGCACGCUUGCCCCAACUUGUUUUGGGCGUCAAGAAUUGGUAUGCUGUAGCCAAAGGUACCUUUAAUGAUGCUGACUCUUUGUAUCAGGGUUUGCUUUCUACAAUUGUAGAGUUUGUCACUUGUGGUAGGAUGCCUACCCAGGCACCUGCCAGUCCCCCUCCUACUUAUGCUAGAGACCCAGUCCUCAUCACCUGUCAGCAGAAUUUAGCAGCUUACCAGGCCCGCUGGCAACAGGACCCCUCGGACAGUGAUGCUCGAGAGGCUAUGGUUGCUGUGGCGCGUCACUUGACUGAGCUUCGUCAUCAGAUGCGUCAGAAGUAUUGGGGUGCCUUUUUAGCUAAGGUUCGUUCAACCAGAACACUAACUGCUGCCACUGUCCCUGACCCUGCCAGUACAGCACAGGACUUACUAAAUACUUGGACAAGUGCCUCGGCAUUGGCUGGGCUCCCUGCCUCCCACAGAGAUGCCCUUGCUCGCCACAGACCUCACAGACUGGCCAGCCUGCAGUGCAAUGUUUUUAUACUUAAUGAUACUUGUGUACCAAUUACUCACGAUGAACUCCUUUGUGCAGUCAAGCAGGGCCAGUCCACAGCACCUGGUCAGAAUGGCCUUACAUAUGAUAUACUUAAUGCAUUGCUAGUUUUGCCAGAAAAUCCUAUAUUAGAUCUUUUUAACAUGUCUUAUGCCUCAGGAUUGGGGGAUCUUCUGUCGCAAAACUUGCAUGGUUUUAUGAAGGGCCGCUCUACCAGUGACUGUUUUAUUAAGUGCCUCAGUAAUGCCAAUGUUAACUGUCGUGCCUUUAUUGAUCUCAAGGGUGCCUUUGACAAGGCCAACAGGGAUGUCAUUCUUGAGGAACUCAUGUUGAAGGGUGUUAAAGGAAAGUUAUUGGGGUGGAUUUGGGAUUAUUUGUGUGACAGGAAGGCAAAGGUGUGGCUCCAGGGGGCAGUCUCUGCUGAAGGGAAUUUUGACCUGGGUACACCGCAGGGGGGUGUACUCAGUCCCAUGCUUUUCAAUAUACUUAUGGAUAAAAUUGCCAGAUAUCCUUUUUCCCAGGGCACAGAGGUAAUUGUCUAUGCUGACGACAUCUUGCUACAGUGUAAUGCUCCUCGGACCCUUACCUCGGCAUUAAGCCAUUUGAGUCCCUGUCUUGCUCCCCUACGAGUGCUAGCUCACAGGGGCUAUGGUGUGGGUAUCCCAGUGCUUAGAAUGUUCUACAUUUCUGUUAUCAGGGCUUUAAUAGACCAUGCUGCUCCAGUCUUGUUUCGGUAUAGUCCAACACAGCUGAAACCCCUUGAGUACAUUCAGAAUGAGAGCAUGAGAGUAAUCUUAGGCUGCCCCAAGACUGCAAAGCUUGAAGUUCUCCGAGCAGAAUUGGACCUCCCCACCAUUGUUUGUCGAAUACAGGAAAUCACCUGCCGUGCACUGUGUCAGAUGGCAUUCAGUGUAGAUAUAGAAAAACUUGCUGCUCCUAAAUAUAACUGGUUCCCACAUGAACUUUUUAUGCAUAAAUUGUCUAACUACUCAAGGGUGCAGGCUGUACAUGUUUACUGUGAUGGUUCAGUGGAUGGCAGCAAAUCUGGAUGUGGCCUGUUCAUCCGCAACUACACCUCUCCCUCUGAAUACACUGACACUGAGGUGUCCAAGAGGCUUCCUGACAACCUGUCCUCUACAAGGGCAGAACUAUAUGCCAUGCUAGAAGGUUUACAAAUUGUCCUUCCUUUGGGGAAAGAUGUUUACUUUUUUGUUGAUAGUCAGGGUGCCUUAUAUUCAUUGUUGUCUCCUUCCCCUGCUGAUUGUGAUCUCAUCAACAAGUGUCUUGGUGUUAUUGAUCUCUUGGAGAGAUAA